AUUCGGGGCUGCUGUCCGGAGCUGCUUUAUGAGCGGGGCUGCCAAGGUCCCCGAUAGCUCCGCCAGUUGCCUCCCCUUUCACUCCUCUCCCAGCCCCCCGAGACUUUGAUUUUUCCCCUUCGCCGCCUCUUUCCGGUUUUGGCUCGGGGCUGCCUUCAAGGAUGCACAGCUCAAUUCUGGUGUGCGUCGGGAUGCUCUUCUGCCCAGCGGUGUGGAAGGGCAGGGAGGCAUGGCAGCGUUUCACUUGAUGCCCACGGCGCUGUGAAGUCGUUCGUGCCUCUGCAAGAAUACUGACUAUGCAGAAAUUUAUUGAAGCGGAUUAUUACGAACUGGACUGGUAUUAUGAAGAGUGCUCAGAUGUCUUAUGCGCUGAAAGAGUUGGCCAGAUGACUAAGACAUAUAAUGACAUAGACGCUGUCACUCGGCUUCUCGAGGAGAAAGAGCGGGAUUUAGAAUUGGCUGCUCGGAUUGGCCAGUCGUUGUUGAAGAAGAACAAGACACUAACCGAGAGGAACGAGCUGCUGGAAGAGCAAGUGGAGCACAUCAGAGAGGAGGUGUCUCAGCUCCGGCACGAGCUGUCCCUGAAGGACGAGCUGCUGCAGUUCUACACCAGGGCCGCGGAGGAGAGCGAGCCCGAAUCCGUUUGCUCAACACCAUUGAAGAGAAAUGAGUCCUCGUCCUCAGUCCAGAAUUACUUUCACUUGGAUUCACUUCAAAAGAAGCUCAAGGAUCUUGAGGAGGAGAACGUUGUACUUCGGUCUGAGGCUUGCCAGCUGAAGACAGAGACCAUCACCUAUGAAGAGAAGGAGCAACAGCUGGUGAACGACUGCGUGAAGGAGCUGAGGGAUGCCAACGUGCAGAUUGCCAGCCUCUCAGAGGAACUGGCCAAGAAGACCGAAGAUGCUGCCCGUCAGCAAGAGGAGAUCACACACCUGCUGUCGCAAAUAGUUGAUCUGCAGAAGAAGGCAAAAGCUUGUGCCGUGGAAAAUGAAGAACUGGUCCAGCAUCUGGGGGCUGCCAAGGACGCCCAGCGGCAGCUCACAGCUGAGCUUCGGGAGCUGGAGGACAAGUACGCAGAGUGCAUGGAGAUGCUUCACGAGGCGCAGGAGGAGCUCAAGAACCUCCGGAACAAGACCAUGCCCAAUGCCACCUCGCGGCGCUACCACUCGCUCGGCCUGUUCCCCAUGGACUCCUUGGCAGCGGAGAUUGAGGGAACAAUGCGCAAGGAGCUGCAGUUGGAAGAACCCGAGUCUCCAGACAUUGCUCACCAGAAGCGAGUCUUUGAGACGGUGAGAAACAUCAACCAGGUGGUCAAGCAGAGGUCCCUGACACCCUCCCCCAUGAACAUCCCUGGCUCCAACCAGUCCUCAGCCAUGAACUCCCUCCUGUCCAGCUGCGUCAGCACCCCCCGGUCCAGCUUCUAUGGCAGUGACGUUGGCAAUGUCAUCCUGGACAACAAGACGAGCAGCAUUAUCCUGGAGUCAGAGUCAGCCGACCAGGGAAUUGAGGACCGCAAGAAGCCAGGGACCCCGGGCACCCCAGGCUCCCACGACCUGGAGACGGCGCUCCGGCGGCUGUCCCUCCGCCGCGAGAAUUACCUCUCCGAGAGGAGGUUCUUCGAGGAGGAGCAGGAGAGGAAGCUCAGGGAGCUGGCGGAGAAGGGCGAGCUGCUGAGCGGCUCCCUGACGCCCACGGAGAGCGUCAUGUCCCUCGGCACGCACUCGCGCCUCUCGGAGCUGACCGGCUUCUCCGGCAUGUCCUUCAGCAGCCGCUCCUACCUGCCCGAGAAGCUCCAGAUCGUGAAGCCGCUGGAAGGUUCUGCCACCCUUCACCACUGGCAGCAGUUGGCCCAGCCUCACCUCGGGGGCAUCCUGGACCCUCGGCCAGGUGUGGUCACCAAGGGCUUCCGGACACUGGACGUUGACCUGGAUGAAGUGUACUGCCUUAACGACUUUGAAGAAGACGACACAGGUGACCACAUUUCCCUCCCGGGCCUAGCUACCUCCACACCAGUUCAGCACUCAGAGACCUCAGCACACCACCCUGGGAAGUGCAUGUCACAGACCAACUCCACCUUCACCUUCACCACCUGCCGCAUCCUACAUCCUUCUGACGAGCUCACAAGGGUCACGCCAAGCCUUAACUCGGCCCCGACUCCAGCUUGUGGUAGCACCAGCCACUUGAAGUCCACGCCGGUAGCCACGCCAUGCACCCCACGGAGACUGAGCCUGGCUGAAUCCUUCACCAACACCCGUGAGUCCACCACCACCAUGAGCACGUCUCUGGGGCUGGUGUGGCUGCUGAAGGAACGGGGCAUUUCUGCGGCCGUGUACGACCCCCAGAGCUGGGACAGGGCCGGCCGGGGCUCCCUCCUGCACUCCUACACCCCCAGGAUGGCCGUGAUCCCCUCCACCCCACCCAACUCACCUAUGCAGACACCCACUUCUUCACCACCCUCCUUCGAGUUCAAGUGCACGAGCCCUCCCUAUGACAACUUCCUGGCUUCCAAGCCGGCCAGCUCCAUCCUGAGGGAGGUGAGGGAAAAGAAGAACGUCCGGAGCAGCGAGAGCCAGACAGAUGUGUCUGUCUCCAACCUCAACCUCGUGGACAAGGUCAGGAGGUUUGGCGUGGCCAAAGUGGUGAACUCAGGGCGAGCCCACAUCCCCACCUUGACGGAGGAACCAGGACCUCUCCUCUGUGGGCCCCCCGGCCCCGCGCAGACCUUCGUCCCCGGAGGCCUGGUACCCGAGGGCCUGCCUCUCGGGUGCCCCACCGUCACCAGCGCCAUCGGCGGGCUGCAGCUCAACAGCGGCAUCCGGCGGAAUCGCAGCUUCCCCACCAUGGUGGGGUCCAGCAUGCAGAUGAAAGCCCCCGUGACCCUCACCUCGGGCAUCUUAAUGGGUGCUAAGCUCCCCAAACAGACCAGCUUGCGGUGAGGACGGGAGCGGCCCUGCCUGGAGCAGAAGGACCCUCCGCCCGCCUCCCUCGCCACCCAGCUCUUCACUGUCCCUCUUCCCCCACUGCCCACCCUCCUGAGCUAGACAAAUCAACCUCGUGCCUCGUGGGGGAAGAGUGGAGACUCUGUAAAAUGUGUACAUAAGACUUGGAGACCUUGUAUCUGCCCUGCCCCCUCGGGUCCCCCCUGGGGACGCCCCUGCACCGUCCUCGCUCCGAGGACUCACCUGUGCUGGCUGGCUGGAGGCGGCGGGCAGGUGUCUUUUUCUCCUUCUUUCCUUUGAGAAGCACUGAAACUCCAAGUGUGUUCUUAUCCCAUGGAUAGGAAACCCGCGAAUUCUUGGCUGCUGCCAGCACUUCACCUGGCGAGCUGCCCCUCGGCAUGGCACCGCACCUCUGGCCCGCCCGGUGCUACCACGGGCGCCUCACCCAGCCGGGAGCGAGCCCCGACCCGGCACAUGCAGCCACGCAGCGCUCACGGCGGGGGAGCUCGCGUUUCUUAGACGGAGCCCGGCUUCUCCAAGACCUACACUGCUCUGCUUCAAGGGACGGUCGCUUCUUUUCCGAGGUGUGACUUCCAUGCCCUCCCCCCGAAGUCAGCCUGCCAUGUUUUGUAAUCGGCUCUCAGGCCAGACGUCUGACCGGAAAGAGAAUGUAUUUCCACUGCACUAUGCGGUUCAGCAGCCCCUGUGUGUUCUGUGUGAUUGGUUCUCCCUCCCCCCCCCUUUUUUUGUCUAUUCAGGGACGCAAUGGUACUAGAUGGGCAGUCACAGUGUCUGUCUGCCCUCUGGAGGACACCGGCAUACAGGUUCCAGCACCCCAAGCCACCUAUGAGAUAGCAGCCUAUUUCGGGAACCCAGUGUCACGACCAAAUUGACAGUGGGAGAACAGGAGCUGGGGAAGGUGGUGAGAUUUGUCAACGGUGAAAGUAAAAGAGCAGAACCAUAGCCAGACACGAUACCAGACUGGCUCCAGGAGGGAUGGAGGCUUGGUGCCCUGCUAGCUCCAGUCCAUACCCCAGAACCUGACCCUAGCCCCCCAGGCUGUCGCUCAUGUGGUCUUCUGUGGUCGUCAUCCUAUGCCCACGUUUUGCCUUUUUUUUUUUUUCCGAAGAGCGUGAUCCCGGCCAGCUCUCUUCCUCCCCAGCCUUCAUCUCCUUGUGCCACUUUUGACCCUUAGGGACAGACAGGUGCUUGUGAGGAGAGCCUGAAGGAGCAGGAGCCUCAUCCUGUUGCCGUCACCCACCUAAGUCUUGAAUUUUUAUUUAUUAUUGUGUGUACUAUAUUGUAAACAAACAUCCUCUCUCCUUUCCAGCUCUGGUCACAGUGUAUCUGUGGCAUCCCAAUCCAAGCAGGUAACUUAUUUAUUCUAAUCUGAGGACCGCACUGUACAUCACCGUGUGCCAUGGCCAUGUGGUCCAGUCAUGGAUGGAAGGAUCACCUCAUAUGCAAAUGAAGCUGUCAAUUUGCAGCCCACACGCCCCUCACCCCCCCUUAGCAAAAGAUGUAACCUUCAGUUGAGUGAGUGUAACCUUUCUCCUUGAGAAAGUCCCUAGGAACAAGCUUUGAUCCCAUGGUUGUAGACUGUUCUCUGAACUCGAGGACAUUGGUUAAUUAUGCUUCCAACUCUCCUCACUGUAGUAUGUGUGUACUCACUGCAAGGAGCUUAUAUCUUUUUAUUUGAAUGUAUUUUAAAGCAGUAGGUAGAAUAACAAAAGAAUGUGAAAACCCUGAACUGAAUGGACCACUUUAUGUAUUCAGAGAGGAGCCACCCUUCAUUUCAAAGGAAAUAUCAGUGUAAAAAUCAGCAAUUUGGAGGUUGCAGUAUUUAGUGUAGUAAAUAAACGAUCAACAUUGUGCAACCACUACCAAAAAGUGUGUUGUAAUGCAUCAAAAAUCAACAAUAAAAUUUUAUUUGCUCAUGAAUAUCAAUAAAAUAACUUCAAAUGAUGGAAACCACA